AUGCUGAACAUGGUGGUGAAGCUAAUGAUCCUGUUCCUUCUUUGUCACCCUGCAUCUGCAGUGAGCAAUAUUCUGAAGUAUUUUGUCACUGGAGGCUCUGGACACCCAAACAUCUCAGAAUUCAUGUAUGUUGGAGUGCUUGAUGGCAUAGAAGUGGUUUAUUGUGAUGCCAGCAAGAAAAUAUUGGAACCAAGACAGGAUUGGGUGAAAAAAUUAUUUGAUGACAAACCUGAUAUCUUUGAGGGGUUCACCCAAGGCUGUUUUGAGGCCCACUGUAUAAUUGGUAAUGAAUGGAAUAAAAACUCUGGCGAGGUGACAGGCUUUUUACACUUCGGUUAUGACAGAGAAGGCAUCUUCGAUUUUGAUCUAAAUACAAAGACAUGGAUCCCACUGAAACCAGAGCUUUACAGUGCAAAACCGAUGAUGGGUGGUGACAGAAUUACAUACACAGAAGCCCUCCUCCGUAUCGCAAUACCAUACGAAUUGACGUUGUUUUUGGACUAUGGGAGCAGCGCCUUGAAUAAAACAGUUUUUCCCUCAGUGUCUCUCCUCCAGAAGACUCCCUCCUCUCCAGUCAGCUGCCACGCUACAGGUUUCUAUCCUGACAAAGCCAUGAUGUUCUGGAGGAAAGAUGGAGUGGAGAUCCAUGAAGGUGUGGAUCCUGGAGAGAUCCUUCCCAACAAUGAUGGGACCUUCCAGAUGAGUAUGAGUGUUGAUCUGAAUGUUUCAUCAGUCACAACAGAAGACUGGAGCAGAUACGACUGUGUGUUUCAGCUCUCUGAUGGUGAAGACAACAUCAUCACUAGCCUGAAUAAAACAAUGAUCAGAACCAACUGGGUUGAAAACAUUACAAAAGAGAGGUCCUUGCACAUGAUGAUUGUUGCUGCUGUGGUUGUUUCUGUUGUUUUCGUCAUCAUUGGACUUUAUGUUUUCAAAAAGAAGAGAGAAAGAAAAAGUGAACAAAGUAAGUAA